AUGGUUAACUCGAUUUUAUCCUUCGCUGCGCUCGCGCUGGCCACCGUGCCCUCACUCGUUUCGGCUGCUCCAACUACAGAGGCAUGGCAGAGCACCGACUUCCCCGUUGUCGACGCCUGGAUGAAGCACAAAUCCCCAGGGAAGUUCCGGCCUUGUACAGAUGAGACUAUCAAGAUCCGAAAGGACUUCGACUCGAUGGCGCCCGAAGAGCGGAAAGCAUACACCGAUGCUAUCAAGUGCAUCGCAUCCAAGCCCUCGCAGCUCGACCAGACUAUCUAUCCUGCGGCCACCAACCGAUACAUGGACUAUGCUGUAACCCACGUCAACCGCACGAGACAAGUUCAUCUCUCGGGCUUCUUUUUGACGUGGCAUCGCUACUACCUCCACCUGUUUGAGGAAGAUCUGCGCACAGAAUGCGGUUACACCGGGGCAUUCCCGUACUGGAACUGGCCUGCCACUGCUGACAACCUGCACGGCAGCGCAGUCUUUGAUGGUUCUGAGUAUUCCAUGUCCGGCGACGGUGAAUAUGUCGAUACCGGCCCAGUCGUCCUAGCACCAACGCUUUCGCUUCCUCAUGGAUCAGGAGGAGGAUGUGUCAACUCUGGUCCUUUUGCCGGCUGGCAGACGACAAUGGCGGAUAUCCCUAUCACGUAUAUCCUUCAAGGCUUGCCAUUGCCCGAUACGGCAUUCCAACUCAACCAGUCCUGCCUUACUAGGGACCUUAAUACCUUUGCUGCGCAGACCUGGUGCAACUACACAGCCCUGGAUCUUGCCUUGGAAUCCGCGGACCUCGCAGAAUUCGACACUCAGAUCAACGGCGUCCUCGGUGGAGGUUCACUCGGCUUGCACUCCGGCGCUCACUUCAUCAUCGGAUCGCCCGGCUCUUCCAUCUAUGUGUCUGUGCAGGACCCCAUCUGGUGGCCGCUACACACCUUCCUGGACAACGUGUACACUUCGUGGCAAAUUCGCCAUCCUGACCUCGCAAACAUCACCUUCGGUACCGAGACGGCAGUCAAUGUCCCACCUAGCGCCAAUGUCACUCUUGACACCGUCGAGCCAGACUGGGGCUACUUCGGGCAAGAACUCCACACAGUCGGGGACCUCAUCAGUACCACUGCUGGUCCGUUCUGCUACAAAUACGACGUCCAGUUGUAA